UAUUGAAAUCACUUCGUUUAAAUUUUAUUGUUUGCACUGAUCUUAAAAGAUAAAGCAGUUAUAUUUAUCUUUUCUGAUGAAAGACCAAUAUUGGGCAUAUUAUUGGUGUUUAUGACAUGAAAAGAAAUAAAAUUUUAUUUUAUCAGUUAGAAUUUAUGUACAUUUUUUUUAUUGUGGCAAGAAUUUCUUAUUGUGGCAAGUUUAACAGUGCUACUGAAAUUUUCAAACUAUAAUUCUUACCAGUUGUUGCAGUGUGUGGAUUAGAUAAAGGACAGUCCAGAUGUAAAAUGUAGGCAGAUACACAUACUGGUGUUGGCGCUGUUGCUUUGGUGAUGAUGGAGAUCCCAGUCAGCAUAGCAGUGUCCAACCCACAAACACAGUCUACUGAAGAAUACAUUCCAAGUAACAUACAGUUACCAAAGCAACUGGAGUCGGUGAAGGCUGCACAAGUACUUCCUAGGGCAAGACAUCGCUGGAACACAAAUGAGGAAAUCGCUAGUAUUUUGUUGGCGUUUUCCCGUCAUUCCAACUGGCAGAAUCAUGAGGUGAAACAGCGGCCACCGAGUGGUUGUAUGUUCCUUUUUAACAGGAACAGUGUGCGGUACAGGAAAGAUGGCUAUUGUUGGAAGAAACGGAAAGAUGGCAAAACUAUACGAGAAGAUCACAUGAAACUCAAAGUUCAGGGCUUAGAAUGCAUUUAUGGAUCAUAUGUUCAUUCAGCUAUACUCCCCACAUUUCACAGGCGCUGCUACUGGUUACUUCAGAAUCCAGACAUCGUACUUGUACAUUACCUCAAUGUUCCGUAUCCAAACAACACCAAGCUGAGCAUUCCUGUCAUGAACUUUGCCAUGGAGAAAAAAGAAUGGACCAAGGAGGAGCUUGUUGAGCAGCUCAAACCCAUGUUUUCAAACAUCGAUGGGGAGUCUUUGCCUGUGCUGGAUGAGACAAUAAUGACCCUAGUUCAACGACUCAUGGAUAAUCAGGACAGGUUUAAAGUUGAGUCUCCAAUCUGUGGUCAGAGUUCUCAGCCGCAUAGUUCACUGUCAGCCCCCGGCGGGUACAAGCCACUGCCUGUGCUGUCAGACAAACAUGAUCCUCGAUUUCCAUCAAGCAGCCUUCCUCAUUCUGCUUCAGCCAUCACGGGUCAAACUCACACCUUACAAAACACUUUGAAUCUUGCUCAAGGUCCGCUUAUUUUGAACAUUGGAAAUCUGGGCGGCAGUCCAAUGAUGUUAGUGACAAGUCAGAAUGAUGCAUCUCAGUUAUCGAUUUUAACCAACACUUCAAACUCUGGGCAGCUACCAAAUAUAAACUCAAGGGAGGUAACUUCCCAAAUAACAAGGGAAGUAACCUCACAAGUUAGAGAUGUACCAUCUCAGUUACUGUGUAGGUCGGCGUCUCUGUGUGAACCACAUGAUGCUAUAAAUGCAACAGUAAUGGCGCGUUCACAGAGUCAAGACAGUUGUAAUAACGGGAAAUUUAUGUCUUCGCAGAAUUUAACAGACAUUUCUUUUACCCAACAGCAGAGCCAAAGUAGUGUCUCUAAUAACUUUCAUAAUGUGCAGACUGCAGAAGGUACAUCGAACAUACAAGGGAUGGAUGUAAAACAUGCGGAAGCAAAAGCUGACACAAAUCCUGCUGAAAAUGCUUUUGUACAGACAAAUGUUCAAAACCCCAAUGCAAAUACUUUCAAUGCAUUAUUUUCAUCGAAUAAUUCAAAUGGCAAUUCUAUGGUUAGCUCAUUACUAGAUGAACUAGGUGGUACUGAUUUUAUGACUGCAGACAAGUAUUCACCGAUGGAAGAAACUAAGAAAGGGUUUGACCACUUAGGGGACAGUUUCGAGAGUUUGCAAGGUACUUUCAAUACUUUACAAGGCUCGGAGCUGACCCUGGAUCAGUUAGAUUUAAUAGACAUGCCAGAGUUAGAAAGAAUGUGUAGUGACCUGACUAACACUGGGGACAUUUCUGAAUUAUCUAAUACCAUUGAAAUGAGUACAAACCAGUGCCAAAAAACUGAAAACCCUACAAACCAAAAGUCGGAAAAUAUUCAAACAAACUUUUCAAACUUAUCGGGACUGAAUGCAAGUAGUUUCUCACGAAAUAGUAGUGAACAGAGGGAGAGUAUAGGCACAGUGAGUAGUGAUGCUGAUCCAAGCUGUGUAACCUGUGGAACUUCAAGGUCACAAGGUCAAGGUCAGGAUUCAAUGGUGCCACCUAUAAGAGGCAGGGGAGAUAAUUUAAUGCAUACAACAAAGACACCUUGUACAAUAGCAACAAUAACAGAUUUUUCUCCUGAUUGGGCUUACACAGAGGGGCAGACAAAGGUGUUGGUGACGGGACCAUGGCACUCUAACAUGGGAAAUUAUACAGUAUUACUAGAUGGGAAAAUUAUCGCCACCACACUUGUUCAACCUGGCGUUCUGAGAUGUUUUGUUCCAAGUCAUCAGUUUGGUCGAGUCACUUUACAAGUUUCGUGUGAUGGGACUGUCAUCUCUAACAAUGUCACAUUUGAGUACAAAGAAAGGCCAAAAGAUUUACUCAGCGAUACAUGCUCCGCUGUCCUAGACUGGUUCUCUGUUGAUGAUUGUAAGCUGGUUGAACAGUUGCUAGGGAAGAUUGAGAGAAUUGAAACUGCUCUCAGUAAAGUCCCAGACUCACCAAACAUAAAACAGAUAACGAGCAAUGUCAGUCAUCCGUCAGAUAUGGACGUUGGUCUUGCACAUCAUCUAGAAUCUCUGUCAUCACGUUUGUGGACGUGUAAUGAUCUCGCUAUAGAGAACGGCUCUAUGGGACUCAGUCUGCUCCAUCUAGCGGCGGGGCUCGGUUACAGUAGAUUUAUAACCUUUCUUAUAAAAUGGAGGAAUGAGAAUCCUAGCUGGUUGUUGGAGUAUGAAGUGGAUGCUCACAGUACUGAUCUUAACUCCUGUACCCCACUUAUGUGGGCUUGUGCUAGAGGACACACCAAGACUGCUGUUACACUUUACAACUGGAACAAAGGCCCACUACACUCAUUCAACAGAGAGGGUAACCUCCCCUUGCUGGUUGCUAGGCAACAUGGACAUCACAAACUGGCUGACCAAUUAGAACAAAUUGAUUCAUCACAUGACAUGUCACAUGAUCUGAAUUCAUCUAGGUCACAAGAAUGCACUUCAACGACAAGCAUUUAUCAAACCCAGACUUUUGAAAAUUCUCAAAGCAUGGGUAAAAUGUGUUCAAAUCUGGAUUCUGUCUCAACUGUUCGCUCAACCCCAGAAAAGACUUAUUUUUCUACUGACUUCCCUGCGGCAACUUCAACAUCAGUCACAAAAGAUUUAUCUGAGUCCACUGAAUCUGUUUCUAGAGAUCCAGAAAAUUUAGGCUCUGACAAUGUUCUGAAUGCAUUACACAUCGAUAUACCAUCUAGCAAUCAUCAGGAUGUUGAAAAUGCUCAUAAACGAUGGAAACUAGAAAAUCCUUCUCAUAACAUUAAACCAAUGCUGAAAACAUUACCAUCAUCAGCAUCAAAAACUAUAACAUCGACAGUAGUCUCGUCAUCGGCAUCAUCGCUGUCGACAGCUGAAAAAAGACAAAAAUUGCAAAAACGUUUUUCAGUUGAUGUUAUAUCAAAUCAGACAUUGGAACCAGUACAUUUUUCAACUACUGCAGCAUUCCAGCGGCCGGUUCGGGAGGCGAAUUCGGAGCCUCAUUUAGCAGCUAACAUGGAGCAUCUGCUGUACCAGACUAACCCAAUGUUGUCAGAUGGAAGGGAAACAGGUUCACCAGAAAUGUUGGUACAGUUGGAGCAUUGUGAACGCCAUGGUAGUCAGUGUAAGCAUGACGAUGCAGCAGGAUCACAACUAGAUAACAUGGACACAGACAACCUUUCUGAUGGCAGCAAUAAUUCAUUUGUGGAUGUGGAGAGAAUUUCCUCUGAUGAUGAAGAUAUGAGAAGGAAAAUGCUGACUCAGGGUGUUGAAAAUGAAAACCCUCAGCCACAAAUGGUUCACCUAGCUAAACAAAUAAUUGCUGCAAUGCCAGAACGGAUCAAAUCCUCACCGAGCCGAGGAGAUGAUAUACAACCAGAUGAAUUUCAACGAGAACGGAGUAGUUCAUAUAGCUCCUUACAGUCGUCAGCCUCCCCACACGCCCCAUCAUCAUACGGGGAGGCAUUGUCGUCAUACGGAGAAGAUUCUGGAAUCUCUACACCAAUGCAUGAUAGCCUUGCUUUUGAUGAAUAUAGAUAUCCAGAUGUAUACUCGGACCUGGGUACCCCGGCCUCAUCUCUGAGCCCAGACUCUACGUGUCUUCACAGCCCCUACAGCCCCUAUACAUUCCACAUGGACUCCCCACCUCCUACGGCUGCCGAGUUUAUCGAAUACUUCAAUGCACCAGCUACUUUCAUGGAGAAAGACUUUUCGCAGCUAACACUCUCAGAUCGAGAACAGAGAAAGUUAUAUGAGGCAGCUAAGGUGAUACAGAGUGCGUACAGACAGUACAAGGAUAAACAAUGUAAACAACAAGCCAAGGAGAGGGAGGCGGCUGUCCUUAUACAGAGUUACUAUAGGAGAUACAAACAGUAUGCCUAUUAUAAAAAGAUGACACAGGCGGCCGUGUUGAUCCAGAGUCAGUUCAGAAGUUACUACGCGCAGAAGCGGUUCAAGAAGAGUCGCGAUGCUGCAGUUGUUAUACAGAAUCAGUACAGAAGCUACAAGGAACAUGAACGACUGAAAAAAGGAGGAAAUAAGUCUGUCACCCAGAGAUUCAGGAGUCAUUAUCAACGAAAACCUAUAGGGCCUGGAAAAGGGUCUCGAGUUGUGCAAAUUAUCCCAGACACUGAGGGCCAGAGACAUUAUUACCUGAGUGCAUGCAGACACUUAAGUCCCAUCUACAGGUCCCAAGCCGAAGCAGCAAACAUCCCCAUAGACGACUGUCCCCAAGACACAAUUGAGGAGGCUGAAACAUCCACUGAAGAUCAGGAACAAACAGAAGUUACUCUAACAGAGAAUACUCAAGGGGAGUAACUUUUUAAGCAAACAGGAAAUAAGGGAAGUAACUCUUGAUCAGCACAUUAGAUGGAGAUAACUCUGCAAAAAACAGUAUGGAGAGAAAAUAGAAUCAUCAGUGGAAAAAAAUGGAAACAGCAGUUGCAGAGAGAUUAUGCUAUUUCCGAAAAGAAAAUUGCUGGCCAAAAGAUCUUACAUGGAAAAAGGAAAACUUGAUGUUUAUACAUACAUGUAUUGUUUAUAUAAAGCAGGGUUGAAAAAUCAUGACAUAGAAUUUGAUAAAAGUGAAUCCACUGCUUCCAUGAGUUGCGGAUAAUGAAAUCCCGCCAGAGUUUGAGAUUUGUCCAGGAAACUAGGUUCAAUUGUCCUUUUGUUCUUCUCAAUCAAAGGGUUGGAUUUUCUUAUAUGCAACUCAGCGGAUGUGGUAGAUUUAUUUUCUCACUGUUGGGUUAUUUUCAUGUUUUUAUGGCAACAAUUGUGCACCUACCAACUGAAAAAAGUAAUCCUUUAAUACCCUUUUUAAGAAAAAUGAUGCAAAAUAUAUUCCAAAUACUGUGUCACAUAGUGAGUUGCUAUAAAGUAAGAUUUGUUUAAUCAUUACUGAAAUGUAAUUAAAUUUUAAGGUAAGUAGGUUGCCGUGAUAUAGUCGAUGAAAGAAUUUGGCACAGUCUAGUGAAUAAACUAAUCCACAGUAGUUCUGACUCAUGAGAUACAGUGGUUUCAACCAUAGAACAGAAAUCCAAACUUACAGUUUGCGCUGGAAUAACAUCUGAUAGCUCAAUUGCUUGAAAAAAAAUAUGAAAAAAUCUUUAUAAUGUAUAGUAAUUGUAUAAAAAAAAACAACAUUUUAAUUCUACAAGUUUUAAGAUUAUUACUCCUAUUUUUGCACCCAAUUUCUUUGAAGUGACAUUUGUUGAUAUAGCCGCAGUUAGGGGAAAUAGUUGUUAAUAUACAACAGUUAUGUCAGAUUUUUACUAUAUUCGUAGUUAGGCAAUUUUGUUAUUUAAAAAAUAGUUAACUUAUAUAGGGCAAGUUUAUUGUUCUUUGUUCUUAAAAAAUCUAACUUGUAUGAAUAAUACCGGUCAUUCUAAAAUUGUUUUAUGAGUAGAUAAUAUACAUGCUAUUUUAGAAUUUAACUUGCACAAAUAAUACAUAAACUAUUUUUAAAUCUUAACGUGUAUGAAUAAAUUAAAUUUUAUAAGCUAUGCUUAAAUUGUUUAAUGCAUAAAUAUACAGGCUAUUCUUGUUUUUUUUGUACUCAAACUUUUAUGAACAAUUCUAAUGCUUGUUUCUGUUAAAACACGCUUGCACUAAAAAGACGUCAUGUUAACUUGUGAUGACCUCAAUAUUUUUGUUGCGGCCAAGAAAGAGCGCUACUAUAAUUUAUCUACUGUUUUAUAUUUAUAUUAUAG